AUGGGCAGGAUCAUUUUCUACGAGGAGAAGAACUUCCAGGGGAGGUCCUUUGAGUUCAGCAGUGACUGCUCGGACAUCCACAUGCACCUGAACCGCUGCAACUCCUGCAGGGUGGACAAUGGGUGCUUCGUAGUGUAUGACCGCCCAAACUUCAUGGGUAAUCAGGUCUUCCUGAGGAGAGGCGAGUACUCCGAUUUCCAGCGUAUGGGGAGCAUGAUGGGCAUGAUGGGCAUGGCAAUGAUGGAUAGCAUUCGCUCCUGUCGCAUUGUCCCAAUGCACAGGGGACAGUUCAGGAUGAGAAUCUACGAAAGGGAGAACUUCGGAGGCCAGAUGCAUGAGCUGAUGGAGGACUGCGAGUCCCUCCAGGAUCGCUAUUACAUGUCUGACUGCCAGUCCUGCAACGUGAUGGACGGCCACUGGCUGAUGUUCGAGCAGGCCAACUACAAAGGGCGUAUGGUGUAUGUGAGGCCUGGAGAGUACAGGAGCUUCCGAGACAUGGGAUUGAGCAACGUAAUGAGAAUCAGCUCCGUCAGACGCGUCAUGGAUGUAUGCUGAUUGCC